UUAUUACAGAUAGAAAAAAACAGCUCAACUCAUUUUGUGGUGAGAGAAAGGGCAUCAACAUGGCCCUAUUCAGAUUCGUUUUCAUCUCGGCGCUCUUGGUGUUAGCAAAGUCUGAAUUCCCAAUCGAUUAUAGUCUAGAUUUGGAUGUUGAUAGCUUUGACACCAGAAAUGAUGACCAGGCUUAUCGUUUACCCGAAGACUUAGACCCUGAACACGCUGACAUAGAAAUCACACCUUAUUUUGAUUCUGAUACGACACCCCCAGGAAAGGAACAGUUUACAUUUGAUGGAAUAGCAACUUUGCGGAUAAGAGCGGUAAAAAAUAACCUUACUAGUGUAAUUGUACAAGAAAAUGUUAGAGAAAUACAAACCGUGACACUCGUGGAUAUUGAUACUGGAGAAUUUUUGCAUUACGGUAAUGAAACAACUUCAUUCGAACGUAUCAGAGAAUAUCACUUUCUGAAAGUCAAUUUGAAGGAUGGAGCCACUCUUCGCAUUGGACGCUUAUAUAAGCUCCAUGUUGUAUAUAUAGGAAAUAUUAACGAAACACCACUUUCAAGAGGCAUGUUUAGAGGUUACUAUCGUGAUCAAAAUAAUUAUGUUCGAUGGUACUCUGCAACUCAUUUGCAGCCCACUCAUUCAAGACAACUGUUUCCUAGUUUCGACGAACCGGGCUUCAAGUCUACUUUCAAUAUAGUUGUCAACAGGCCGAUUCGUUUUACUGAAACUUAUUCAAACAUGCCACUCGUGAAUGUAACCACAAUUGGGGAUCGUGUAAAGGAAGUAUUCCAAACUACACCAAGGAUGUCCGCUUAUUUGAUUUCCAUUCACAUCAGUGACGGAUUCACGGUCAUAGCGGAAUACAACAAUCCACAAAAACCAUACCGUAUAAUCGCAAGACCGACUGCUUCUGGCCAAGGAAGAUACGCGAUGGCUGUCGGCCCUCCUCUUACAGAAUGGUUCGAUAAUUACUUCGGAAUCAAUUAUUAUGAUAUGGCGGACGGUUUGAAGAACGACCAACUGGCUUCACCAUUUUGGGCUUCUGGUGCUACAGAGAACUGGGGCCUGGUUACAUACAGGGAGUUGCGCCUGCUCAACGAUGAAAACGAAACAAAUGCUCUGGAUAGAAUGUAUAUCGGAACUAUUACUGCACACGAGUUGGCCCACAAAUGGUUCGGCAACUUAAUCACUUGCAGGUGGUGGGAUAACGUCUGGAUCAAUGAAGGAUUCGCCAGUUACUUCGAAUACUUUGGUAUGGACGGGAUUGCCAAAUCGAUGGAGCUCGAAGACCAGUUCAUUAUUAUGUACCUACAAAGCGCAUUGUCUGCGGACGCGUCUCCCAACACAAGGGCCUUGCGACACACCGUUAACAGUCCCACCCAAGUUACUGGUCACUUCACUGGAAUCAGUUACUCUAAGGGAGCUUCCUUCCUUCUCAUGUUGAAGCACAUGGUUACCGAGGAGACGUUCAAGAAAGCUCUUCAUUUAUUUUUGAUUGACAGGGCUUAUCAAUACGCUACACCCGAAGACUUGUUCCGAGCUUUCCAAAAUGCCACUGACCAAGAUAAUAUAGUUAUAGAUGGCCUUGAUAUAAUAUCUUUCAUGACAACUUGGGUAGACCAACCGGGGUAUCCUCUCCUGAACGUGGAUGUUAACAUGAAUACGGGUCUCAUGAACUUGACACAGGAACGAUUCUAUAUAAAUGAAAACACUGCACCGACAAACGAAACAUGGCCUUUGCCUCUGACUUUUACAAGCGGAAAAGACCUUAAUUGGGACAAUCUGAAUGUGAGCCGUGUAAUGACAUCAAGAACAGCUCAAAUUCAAAAAGAACCAGGCCAUGACUGGGUUAUAUUUAAUGUGCAACAAAGAGGAAUAUAUAGAGUUAAUUACGACACUCAUACCUGGGAAAUGAUUGCAAGUACCUUGAACAGCAAUCAUAAUGCCAUUCACCACAUAAACCGAGCUCAGAUAGUAGACGAUAUUUUCGCGCUGAUGAGAUCCGGAAAAAUAACAUUCCAACUAGGUUUUCAUGUACUCGAGUUCCUGAAGAAAGAUACAAGUUACUAUUCCUGGUAUCCCGCUCUUACUGGUUUUAAUUGGAUCCGCAAUAGAUUCCUGCAUAUGCCAGAUGUCUUGGCCGAAUUUGAUGCGAUUCUCUACAAAUAUUUAGAUGCAGUCAUCACUAAUGUGCUGUAUUUCGCUCCUAGCAAUGAACGUUUAACAAAUUCUCUGAAUAGAAUAUUUGUACUAUCUUUUGCUUGCAACAUUGGCCAUCCUGGGUGCGUGGCAGAUGCUGUGGAGCAGUUUAGGCGUUUCAAUGCACAACCUUCAGUUCCCGUCCAUCCGAAUUUGAGACGCCAUGUGUUCUGUACCGGUCUUCGUGAAGGAACUUACGAGAACUGGCAAGCAAUCAAUAACCGGAUGAGAAAUUCUAAUAAUCAAGCUGAUGAAUUAGCAAUGCUCAGGGCUCUGGGAUGCACUAAUGAUUAUAGGGCAGUAGAAGACUUCAUGAACAUGGUCGUCUCCGAUGACAUCAAAGCUCAAGAUAAGGUUAAUGCCAUCACUUGGCUCCUGGCUGGCAACAGAAACAACUCUGCGUCAUUCCUCGAGUUCUUGAAGGCGGGAGACAAUGUGCAGAAAAUAAGACAAGCUGUAAUUUUACCUGCUUCGUUCAAUACUGUUCUUUCAACUCUGGCAUCAUAUUUGGAUGUCGAAGGUUUAAACGAGAUGGAGAGGUGGCUGAACGAAAAUCAACAAGCUGUACCAGAGUUCAAUGUUGGUCUUAGUGCUAUAAAUUCUGCAAGAGCAAAUCAGCAGUGGGGCACAGAUAAAGCAAGAGACAUUCUGGAAGCAGUUAGAGAUUCCUCAUCUGUGCUAGUGCCGUCUAUCAUGCUAGUUCUCUCAACAAUGAUCGCUUUGAUGUUGAAAUAGAUAAAUAUGACACUGUUAAUAGUUACUGGACUAUAAUAAUGUACUUCCAAAGAUUUAUUAGAUUUAAGGAAAGCGUCCUUCUCUUUUCUCCUCCCUAAUUUUAUAUGCUCAAUAGGCUCAAUAAUAUGUAUGUUCAUUUUAUAAUAACUUUUUGGGAACGGUUGCAAUAAAUAUUGAGUAUGGAGAUCGUAAUUUGUUAUCCUGGGUGAAGGUUCAGGAAUUGACAUGUAUGAAAGUUCAAUUCAAUUUAUUGCACUCAUGUCGUUACAUCGAUGGUUACAAAAUGCUUAUAGUACCUAACAUGAACCCUGCCAGGGUAUCGCAAUAUGAAGUACAGUUAAAGAUAGUUAAUAUAUUAGUUUUAAAUUCAUUAAUUCAUCAAAGAUCACAUGCUAUUAACAAUGUUGAUUGUGAUAUUUUAUUUUUUAUACAGCGUUUGAUAAAUUUAUAUUUAUAUGAAAGUUGGUUUACGUUAUAUUAAUUUGUAAAUGUGGAUUAUAUUUAAGAAUUUU